GAAUCCAGCCCCGUCCCUUGUUAUUUUCCUAUUUUCCUGUGUAGUUUCAUCAUUUUAUAUCACAUAAUAUAGGCGAUUAUCUACGUGAUAUAACUGAUACUGAAUUGUCACUCGAUAUCAUUGAUAAAAUUUGAAAAACUGUGGUGCAAUAAUCUAGACGAAUAAUUGUUAAAUUGUCUAUUCGGCGAAAGAAGUUAUAUAAGUUCUUGUCCGAUGAUUAAACUAUACGAAAGUAUGGGGAACGUAAAGGUAUGAACUCGUCUCGUGUAACUGCGAAGUUUAAGUAUACGGUUCUAAUGUGUGCAUGCAAUAAUCGGUAAUGAUGCAUGAUUUGUAAAUAAUAGGUAUACGUCUAGGCAAAAUCGGCGGACGCGACUAUUCUGCACUUAAAAAAUGUCACUACUCAUCUGUGCACUAUCAGUGAAAGAAUUAAAUAAAAACCAAGUAUAUCGCUUAAACUGAUCCCAACGAUUACAUUUUCAGCGAUACGCGCAAACAUGACUUGACAGUAUUUUAAGCUGAUAUCUCCGAGCCUCUAAACGCUUGUUACUCGGAAGUUGCGGUAGGAGGGUAUAGGUAUGAUUAUCUUGUAUUUAUAAACCAUCGAAAGUGACGGGAUAGUUCGUACAAGACUCAGAACUGCUCAGAGCCAGAGGAUCGUGGUGUGGUUAAUGUACUUGCAUUUGUACGACGCGUGAAUGGUGUUGUGCUUUAUUUCACUUGAUUACACUGUAGAAUUUUGAUCAUCUAGUUAAAUUGUGCCUCGGUGCAACUCGGCUCAAAUCGGAUUCAGUCGAUACCGUCGAUACUGCGCGAAUUCUGUUUCAAGCAUUAAAUUUUUGAAAAAAGGAAGAGCUACUCAAUAAUUUAAGAUCGACCUGUACAACCAUGGGUUUAUUAUCCGAGGGCAGCCCUUUAGAUUGGGAAAAAACGAAGGAUCUUGCUGAUCACGUUCGAAAACAUGGGAUUAUUCAAUUUAUUAACCUGUAUAAGAGACUCAGAGACCGCCAGGGUGAUAUACUCAAAUGGGGCGAUGAGGUGGAAUACGUACUCGUUAAGUUUGAUGAUGAAGCAAAAACUGCGAAACUUAGUUUAAGAGCUGCCGAUAUACUACAGGUCUUAAAUGAGAAAGAACAAAGUGAUCCAGACAAUAUUAAAUCGUUAUGGAGACCCGAAUAUGGUGCUUACAUGUUGGAGGGAACACCGGGGAAACCGUACGGUGGUCUAUUGGUCCACUUUAAUAUUGUCGAAGCUAACAUGAGAUACAGAAGGCAAGAAGCGUCCAAGUUACUUGGACCUAAUGAAGUUUUAAUGUCUUUAACCAAUUUCCCAAGAACAGGGGCACAAGAUUUCACUGAUCCUCCCACGCGCUCCACUCCUGACGACGGGGCAGCGAGAAGUUUAUUUUUCCCAGACGAAGCUAUUUAUCCAGGUCAUCCACGAUUUAAAACAUUGACGAGAAACAUAAGGAAACGACGCGGUGAAAAAGUUGCCAUAAACAUUCCUAUUUACAAAGAUGAAAAUGUACCAAGACCGUUCAAAGAAGAUUUCAGUAAUCUGGUCGACGACGAAUCAAAUUAUGCUGCACAAGAAGAUCACAUUUACAUGGACGCUAUGGGUUUUGGGAUGGGUUGUUGCUGUCUACAGCUGACUUUCCAGGCUUGUAACAUACAAGAAGCGAGGACGUUGUACGACCAGUUAGCACCGUUGUGUCCGAUAAUGUUGGCUCUAACUGCUGCCAGCCCGUUUUACCGAGGAUAUAUAAGCGACGUCGAUUGUCGAUGGAACGUGAUAUCUUGUUCUGUUGACUGCAGAACGCGGGAGGAACGUGGCCUAAAGCCUCUGAAGGAAAACAAAUUUAGAAUAAGUAAAUCUAGAUACGAUUCCAUCGAUUCGUACCUCAGCGAACAAGGAGAGAAAUACAACGAUGUGCCUUUGACGUACGACGAUGAAAUAUAUAAACAGCUCUUAGACAAUGGAAUUGAUAAAUUACUCGCGCAACACGUAGCACAUUUAUUCAUCAGGGACACCGUAUCUCUGUUUUCUGAGAAAAUAAAUCAAAACGAUGCGGAGGAUACCGAUCACUUCGAAAAUAUACAAUCGACGAAUUGGCAAACGAUGCGAUUUAAGCCACCGCCACCGAAUUCCUCUAUAGGGUGGCGAGUGGAAUUCCGUCCGUGCGAGGUUCAGAUCACUGAUUUCGAGAACGCUGCAAUUGUCUGUUUCAUCGUUCUUUUGACAAGGGUCAUUUUGAGCUACAAGCUGAACCUUUUGAUACCUAUUAGUAAGGUCGACAAAAACAUGGCCCGGGCUCAAAGAAGGAACGCCGUCGUAGCAGAGAAAUUUUGGUUCCGCCGAGACAUUACAUCGGAUGCGAAACAGCAAGAUGAUGGACAACCAGAAUAUACCGAGUUCACUGUUAACGAAAUCAUCAAUGGAAAGGACGGAGUCUUUCCUGGUUUAAUACCGUUAGUGAAUUCGUAUUUAGCAAGCAUGGACGUAGAUGCUGAUACUCACUGUACUGUACAAGGAUACAUGAAAUUAAUCCAAAAGAGAGCCUCUGGCGAGUUACUAACGACUGCCGCAUGGUUGAGGAAGGAAGUUCUUUCACACCCAGAGUACAAACAGGAUUCCGUAAUAACGCAACGCAUCAACUACGAUUUGUUAAAAAAAGUACAGAAGAUCGUAUCUAACGAAAUAUCGUGUCCGGAAUUACUUGGGACGUGUAUAUCGUCCAAGACUAAUGAAACUAUACCUGCGGCAGUGGCAAAAGCAGAGAAUAUCUCGCUAUGAGACGUUGCUGUUGACGUCGACGAGCUUAAAUAGAUCGUAAUUAGUUUGAAACUAAUUCUUAUUUAUUUUAGUACGCUUCAGAUGUUGUUGUACGUACUUUACUACACUUAAACUUGUGUGUUCAAAAACUAUGGUUCAGUGGUCGGAAAAGAAGAAAAAUAACAUUCCAUGAAUUAAUUUUGUAAAAACACGAUAUCUGUCUUAACGACGAAGGAACCGAUCAUGAUACAGUUUAUUCAUACGAUUAAACACGAAUCAUUGAAGGAGCGUACAUUCUGUCCUUUUAAGAUCGGAAGUUGUAGCUAGCAGGUAAACGAGUAGCUUUCUCAGAUCAAAUGCAUUUUACAUUGUCUUGUUUUUUUUAUAACUUUCAAAUUUUUUUGUAAUCUAAGUAAAACCGGAACAUUA